UGUCAAUGCAUACACACACACACACACAUUCAGAACUUGAACACAGAAGUGAAAGAGAAAAGGCUUGGUAUACAGGAACAAAUGAUCAAGAUGAGGACUUCUGCCGUACAAAUGUAAAGGAGUGCUCAUGGAUCUCAGUGAGGAGGAGUCAGCCCCUCUGGUAAUCAGAGACCGGGGAGGUAGCCAGAGGUCCAGUUCAAGCACUGGUCCCAGUUUACAAGUGCACCUCUACUUCUUCCCUGUCACAAAAGAUGAAACAACAAUACAAAUUUCUUGUGGCCAAAUCGCUGCUGAAAAUGUCUGCAUCCAAGCAGGAAAAAAAUGUGGAAUCUUACCGGUGUACCUGAGUCUUUUUGGUUUGGCAUCUUCGGAUCUCUCAUUUUGGUAUCCCCCAUCACACGUGUUCAACACAGAUGAAAACUUACAGGUCCGCUUCAGAGUCAGGUUUUUCUUUGGAAACUGGUAUGGAGAAGGACCAAGACAGUCAUACCGCUAUAGUCUAACCAGAGACAGAAUCAGUCCAGUGCUGGACUGCAGUGUUAUUGAUUAUCUCUUUUCUCAGUUGCGAAGUGACUUUAUUGCCAGUGAAGCAGGAGUUUCUCCACCUUUGAGCACUCAAGAGGAAUGCCUUGGCCUUGCUGUACUGGACUUGUGGAGAAUGGCAAAAGAGCGCCAUCAGAGUGUAAGAGAGGUCUGCCAGACUGUCAGCUACAAAUCAUGUCUACCUAAGUCACAUCGCCACGACAUCCAGAAACGAAACCGCCUGGAUCGCUAUCGAAUCCGAAACACACUCAAGCGUUUCUUAAGGAAGCUUGGAAACUGCUCUGUGGAUGAGUGCAGCUUGAAACUCAAGUACCUGAUUGAGCUGUCUGGCAUUGAGCCUUCUCUGGGAAGUGAAACCUUUGCAGUUGAUCCUUCUGCUUCCCAUUCAAAGUCAGCUUUCAGUCUCAUAAAGGUGACUGGGGAAACUGGAAUUCAAACCAGCGGAAGUUGUCAUCCUGACAGUGCCCUGGAGUGGCAGACAUUCUGUGAUUUCCACGAAAUCAUUGACGUCAGUAUAAAGAGAGUGUGUCAUGAGCAGGUUCCCCAAGACAGCAGGAUGGUGACAAUUACCCGCAAAGAUGACAGAUGCUUGGAAGCCAAGUUCCAGAGUCUAAAAGAAGCACUUUCAUUUGUGUCGCUUGUUGAUGGCUACUUCAGACUGACAACAGACUCUAGCCACUACUUCUGUCAAGACAUUGCUCCCCCAAGUAUUCUGGAGGGUAUAAAAAACCACUGUCACGGUCCAAUCACAUCUGAGUUUGCAGUCAACAAACUGAAAAAAUCAGGAUUUAAAGGUGGUACGUUCCUUGUCCGGCAGAGUCCGAAGAACUAUGACAACUUCUUUCUCACUGUGUGUGUUCAGACCCCACUUGGACUUGAUUAUAAAGACUGCCUCAUUAUUAAAAAUGAGCACUAUAGUCUUCCUGGUGUCCAGAAAACAUUUUCCAGCUUGAGAGAGCUAACCAGCCAUUACCAACACACCAAGCUUCUGCUGGCUGAAGUACCUGUCAAGCUGGGCCACUGCCUUCCACCCCGACCCAAAGAGUUCACAAAUCUCACCAUCAUACGCAGCAGCAACUCUGUGGACACUCAAGGGUCCCCAACACCUGAAAGGAGCAAAUUCAGUCAUAUCCAGUUCCACAUGAUCAAAUAUGAAGACCUGACAUCGGGAGAAAGCCUCGGACAGGGAUCCUUCACACGAAUUUUUAAAGGCUGCAAAACUGACAUUCGUGAUGGGGAAAAACACUUGACAGAAGUCCUACUGAAAGAGCUUGAUGUCGCUCACAAAAAUUGCUGGGAGUCGUUCUUUGAAGCAGCCAGCUUGAUGAGUCAGAUUUCACACAAACACCUCCUCCAUGUUUAUGGUAUUAGUGUUCAUGGAGUAAAAAACAUCAUGGUGCAGGAGUUUGUCAAGUACGGGGCCCUCGACCUUUACUUGAAGAGAGGGAGAUCUGUGUCAGUGAGCUGGAAACUUGAUGUAGCCAAACAGCUUGCGUCUGCCCUCAACUUUCUGGAGGAGAAAAACAUCGUUCAUGGAAACAUCUGUGCCAAAAAUCUGCUGCUGGCCAGAGAAGGCGACCCAUCGCAAGGCAGCUCUCCUUUCGUCAAGCUGAGCGACCCGGGCAUCAGUGUGGCCAUGCUGGGCAAGGAUGUUAUCCUGGACAGAAUCCCCUGGGUGGCCCCUGAGGUGCUAGAGUUCCCAGACAACCUGACCCUGGAGUGUGACAAGUGGAGCUUUGGUGCCACUGUGUGGGAAAUCUUCAACAAUGGGAAUGCUCCGCUGCGUGGUUGGGUCCUGGAACGGAAGCGGCGGUUUUAUGAAAGUUUCCAGCAGCUGCCUCCCUCCCAGUGGACAGAGCUAGCUGACCUGAUCAGUCAGUGUAUGGACUACCAGGCAGCCUUCAGACCCUCUUGUCGUAGUAUUAUCCGUCAACUCAACAGUCUGAUCACUUCAGACUAUGUGAUACUGCACGCCACUGAGCCCGUCACACAGAGUCCGGUGUGGAGAGCCCUCAGCCCUCAACAUGACCAGACAUUGUUUGAGGAAAGACACCUUCGCUACAUCUCCCCUCUGGGAAAAGGAAACUUUGGCAGCGUUGAGCUUUGUCGUUAUGACCCGCUGGGUGAUAACACCGGCGAGCUGGUUGCCGUGAAGAAGCUGCAGCCCAACAAGCAGUCGACCCAGGAGGACUUCCAGAAGGAGGUCAACACCCUCAGCGUUUUGCACUGCGACUACAUCGUCAAGUACAGAGGAGUCUGCUACAGCAUGGGUCGCCUCAGUAUGAGCCUCGUGAUGGAAUACCUGCCCUAUGGAAGCCUCAUUGGCUACUUGGAGAGUAACCGACAUAAUGUCAACACCAGGCGGAUGCUGCUCUUUGCUUCUCAGAUCUGUAAGGGGAUGGAGUACCUGCAGACCCUGCGUUAUGUGCACCGAGACCUCGCAGCCAGAAAUAUCCUUGUGGCCAGUGAGUCACUGGUGAAAAUUGCUGAUUUUGGCCUGACCAAAAUUAUUCCUUUCGACAAGGAGUACUACAGAGUCACACAACCUGGCGAGAGCCCCAUUUUCUGGUACGCCCCAGAGUGCAUCAAUGAGUCCAGAUUCUCCCACAAAUCAGAUAUCUGGAGUUUUGGCAUUGUUCUACAUGAGCUCUUCUCCUUCUGUGACAUGAGCUGCAACCCAAAAAGAUUGUGCAUGCAGGAGAUUGGACACAACAUGCAGAGUCCAUCCAUUUCAAUGCACCUGGCAAAUAUUCUAAAGAAUGGCUGGAGGUUGUCGGCUCCUCCACACUGCCCACCCAAGGUGUACAGUCUGAUGAAACAAUGCUGGGCAUACAACUUUGAAGAGCGGCCGUCUUUCACUAGUCUGGGAAACCAGAUUGAAGCUAUCAUGCAGGAUGAAAGAGAGAACCUUAAAGGCUGACAAGGAGCCUUGUUGCACCUCACAGUUGAACUCAGUGUGAUAUUACACCAUUUCAUUCAUUCUCCCAAAGGAAAUUUAUUUUACACAGGUAUCGUGGGGAAAAGCAGUGGACAACACCCAGUCGUGUAAAACUUCAGCAGGCUCACAAGUUUUCACUAAACUGCUUCCUAAAUUCUCAGAUAAAGCUGAUUUUAUGCUCUUUUUCCAAUCCUAUGACAUGCAUCGAUGCAACGACAAGAGUUUUUAGGGAGGACCGUCAUGAACUCCAAAGUGUUGCAUAGGUUUCAAACACAGAAGAUGUAUUGCUUAUGUAAAAGCAGGUUUGUUAGUUUUUAAUGGUUGUAGGUCAACCAGUACAGUUUUCAAAUAGAUAGCACAAAACAACAAAAAAGGCAGAUGAAAAACUGAUGUGACUCUGAUUUAACUCCAGUUCUACAGAGAAUGUAUUGUUCACAACUAUAACAUGCUAAAAAUAAUAAAUCCUAAAACAGUUUUAAGAGUCGCUCCUGUCGCUCUGGAGAAACACAUCAACUAAAGACAGAUUACCAACUGUCUAAGAACUUAUUGUGACGUGUACUUCAUCAUAUCCUCUCACAGUCAAAUAUAUAAAAAGCAUUCACACACAAUAGGAGGACAACUUCUAGGCUCACAUGGAUACAUUUGGAACAUUUUACCAAUGGAUCAUAUUUAACUAGAACUCUCUCUCAUGCCAGAAUAAUAAAUAAUAAAAUACUGGUUAAUUCAGGAAAUGCAAGGUAUAUUUCACUGGGUUUUGUGACAUAUAUGUAUUAUAGACGACUUUGAUGACUUUUAUAUAAAGCUGUAUCCAAAGAGGUAAAAGAAUUUAAGAAACUGAAAAAGGAUUUUAAGCUUUGUGUUAGAAAUGUAUGAACAAAGAGUAUAUUUUGCCUCUAAAAUAUUGCCUUCCUAGCAUUUAUAGUGUGUGUUAUAGUGAAAAAUGUUUUUGUGUUUUGUAUUCAUAUUUUUACCAUGCUUGAAAUAAAGUUAUGUUGUUGCAGCA